ACUGCCAUCAUGAAAUGACUGCAUGUGCCUCGCUUAUCUUGACUCCAGAUUGACCUGCCAUGCUGUACAGCCUCUAUCAGCGGCCACUCGCUUCUGUGCCUCACUUAAUCCGGACCCGCGUCGCCCCUUCCCGUUCCGCUUGUUCUGUCCCCUGGCCCCAUUGCCGCUUUUCCUCCUCCUCUCGCCAGCCGCACAACAUGUCCCGCAGUAUGAAGGCCGUUCGGGUCCACCAAUUUGGCGGUCCCGAGGUGUUACAGGUCGAAUCCAAUCAACCUUUGACCAUCCUCUCGCCCACCCAAGUUCUGGUGCGGGUCAUGUAUGCCGGGGUCAACCCGGUCGAAACCUACAUUCGGGAAGGUCAAUACUCGCGUUUGCCGGAACUGCCUUAUACGCCCGGCAGCGAUGCGGCGGGUUACGUGGAUGAGGUGGGUUCGGGUGUGACGGAUUUGCAGGUCGGGCAACGGGUGUUUGUCACGGGGCGGAAUUCGGGGUCCUACGCCGAAUACAUUCAGGUGGAAUCGACCUAUGUCUUUCCCCUGCAUGAACGCCUGUCUUUCGCGCAGGGAGCGGCAUUGGGCGUGCCGUAUUUCACGGCGUACAAGGCCUUGAUUAUGGGGGCCCAGGCUCGACCCGGGGAGAUUGUUCUGAUUCACGGGGCGUCGGGAGCGGUAGGCACGGCGGCCGUUCAAAUUGCACGGGCUUUGGGCACGACCGUGGUGGGCACGGCGGGGACGAAGGACGGAAUGGAUGUGGUGACCGAGUGCGGAGCGCACCACGUGUUCAACCACAACCACAAGUCCUAUGAGAAGAAGAUGGUGGACCACAUCGGGGGUGAAGGCUUUGACGUGAUUAUCGAGCAUUUGGCUAAUAUCAAUUUGGGACACGACCUCCAGAUGCUGAAGCCAGGUGCCCGUGUGAUGGUGGUCGGAUGUCGCGGUGCUGUAAACAUCAAUCCUCGCCAUUUGAUGCUCCCAGAGGCCUCGAUUAAAGGGGUUCAACUAGGCGCCACGCCCCCGAACCAAUAUAAGGAAAUGGGUGCGGCCAUCGUGGCCGGGAUCGAGGCGGGUUGGGUCAAUCCGGUGAUCAAUCGGGAGUACGACAUGACCGAGGUCCAACAGAUCCAUCAUGACAUCGUGCAUUCCAAGGGAGCCAAAGGCAAACUGGUCUUGAAAGUGACCCACGAAUAGAAAUUGAACGGAAUGGAUUGUUCAGAAUAUUGAAAUGUGUUAUGUUUAGGGAUCAGAUCCUGAAAUGAAGCUUUUAUUUUCCCAUCA